GAAUGGCUAUGGUGACCGGCGGCUGGGGCGGCCCCAACGGGGACACGAACGGAGUGGAGAAGGGCGGCUACCCCCGCACGUCGGAAGAGGACUCGGCCUCGCCCCAGGGCGGCGGCAGCGACCCGGAGCCGGGCGACGAAGACAAGCCCGGGCUCCAGGUGGACUGCGUGGUCUGCGGGGACAAGUCCAGCGGUAAACAUUACGGCGUCUUCACCUGCGAGGGCUGUAAGAGUUUCUUUAAGCGGAGCAUCCGCCGGAACCUCAGCUACACCUGCAGGUCCAACCGAGACUGCCAGAUUGAUCAACACCAUCGGAACCAGUGUCAAUACUGUCGUUUAAAAAAGUGCUUCCGGGUCGGCAUGAGAAAGGAAGCGGUACAGCGGGGCCGGAUCCCCCACACGCACUCAGGGGGCAGCCCCACCGCCCUGGCUGGAGGUGGAGGUGGGGAGUACUUCAACGGGCAGCCGGUAUCAGAGCUGAUCUCACAGCUACUUCGGGCAGAGCCAUACCCAGCAGCCCGCUAUGGCUCCCAGUAUGCCCAGCAGCAGGGCAGCGUCAUGGGCAUUGACAACAUCUGUGAGCUGGCGGCCCGCCUCCUCUUCAGUACUGUGGAGUGGGCCCGGAACAUCCCCUUCUUUCCCGAGCUGCCCGUGGCAGACCAGGUGGCCCUGCUGAGGCUCAGCUGGAGCGAGCUCUUCGUCCUCAAUGCCGCCCAGUCUGCCCUGCCCCUGCACAUGGCCCCGCUGCUGGCUGCAGCCGGCUUCCACGCCGCACCCAUGGCUGCCGACCGCGUGGUCUCCUUCAUGGACCAGAUCCGCGUCUUUCAGGAGCAGGUGGACAAGCUGAACCGGCUGCAGGUGGACUCCGCAGAGUACAGUUGUCUCAAGGCCAUUGCCCUCUUCACUCCAGAUGCUUGUGGCCUCUCGGACCCAGCGCACGUGGAGAGCCUGCAAGAGAAGGCACAGGUGGCCCUCACGGAGUAUGUACGUGCCCAGUACCCCUCCCAGCCUCAGCGGUUCGGCCGCCUACUCCUCCGGCUGCCUGCCCUGAGGGCUGUGCCCGCCGCCCUCAUCUCCCAGCUCUUCUUCAUGCGCCUCGUGGGCAAAACGCCCAUCGAGACACUCAUCCGGGACAUGCUGCUAUCGGGCAGCACCUUCAACUGGCCCUAUGCCGCUGGGCAGUAGGGGCCCUGGCUAGGGUGGGAACACGGCCUCUGCCAUUCGCAUGUUGGGACCAGCGCAGAAGGCCACACGCCCUCCUCUACCCUGGGCACUGGACGGACCCUCAAGACUGGUUACUUUUUAGAAGGCAAAUGAGAUCACUGUCUUUUUGUGUUUUUUUUUUUUAAAUGACAACAUAAAACCAAAAAGCCCCUCCCUCCUUCCCUCGGACUGGGAGCCUGGUGGCACAGAUGCCCCUCCUUUACCCUUCAGUGCCCUCCGUCCAUCUGUGCUCAGGAACCAGCCAGCCUUUGAAGCCUCCUAGGGGGGAGGGAAGCCCACAAGGUGUGGGGAUGCCCCAGCCUGACUCCUCUUGGCUCUUCCUGGCCUCCCCAGAUGCAUGUCCUGGGCCAUAUCCCAGAGUGACCAAGGCUAGAGAGAAUGUAGCUGGCACAGGGAGGCCCGGUUCUCCUGGCAGACCCCAGGGGCUGAGGCGAGGUUGGCAGCUGGAGGCAGGAAUGGAUGCCUCGAUUCCUAGUUCCUUCUGCUUGCUGGGUGGGGGGCAUCGAGGAAAGAGAAGGGGGGGUGGUCCCUGGCCUGGGGCAGGGGCCGGGGGGAUGUAUGUAUAAUUUAGAUUGAUUCUCUAAAAAUAUAAUCCAUGCUGGACACUACAAAAUGAAUGACCUAAAGCCAAUAAAGAUGUUUCUUACCACA